UAUGAAGUGAAGGAGUCGAGUUAGGCCAUUUUUGACAGUGGGAACGUUCAGUUUAGUGCAGUGAGUGUGUGGAUAAAGUUGAAAGUCCAACAGAAAACCUGAAAAUUUGCAGAUAACCUGUAAAUACCACCCGCAGUCAAGGAAAAACCACAUCUUUCUUUUCGCAACCAGCUAAACACAUCAAAUAACUAUCAAAAUGACAGAUGCCAACCCAAUCUACUCUCCAUUCUUCGGCGUUAUGGGAGCCGCAUCCGCCAUUAUUUUCAGUGCACUCGGAGCUGCCUAUGGAACAGCUAAAUCAGGCACAGGUAUCGCUGCUAUGUCAGUGAUGCGACCUGAAUUGAUCAUGAAAUCCAUCAUUCCCGUAGUCAUGGCGGGUAUUAUUGCUAUUUACGGUCUGGUCAUUGCUGUCCUUAUUGCUGGUGCUGUAGACGAACCAUCUAAAUAUCCACUAUACAAGGGCUUCAUCCAUUUAGGAGCCGGUUUAGCUGUCGGUUUUUCGGGGUUAGCGGCAGGUUUCGCAAUUGGUAUUGUUGGUGAUGCUGGUGUCCGAGGUACGGCACAACAGCCGCGACUUUUCGUCGGCAUGAUUUUGAUUCUCAUUUUCGCUGAAGUAUUGGGUCUGUACGGUCUUAUCGUCGCCAUCUACCUGUACACAAAAUAAACAGCCAAAUUGUAAGAGAGUCAUUAUUAGCGCAUUGCAAACAAAAUUCAAAAAUCAUGAAAGAAAAGUAAAAAAUGUAAAACAGAGCUCAUAAGAAAAAUCAAUCAUCGUUAUCAUCUCUAAGAAUACACCAUAAAAAGAAAAAAUAUAUUUAAAACAAGCAAAAAAGUAAUCCACCACACUCUACCACCACCACCAACAGAUGCCGAUAAGAAAAGAAAAAUAUAGACUGCAUUAUUUUCGGGAAAAACUAUUUUUUGUUUAUUCUUUUUCUAAAAACAUCUAUCUCUCUUAACAGCAGCAAUCUGCAAAUGAAACCGGAUAUUAGCUAUGACUUUAGUAGAUUUCUGGUUCAAUUCUACCGAAAAUCUUUAGAUUUUUUCCUUAAUUGAUCACAUUUUUACUGAGUUUUUUAUUUCAAUAUUAUGUAAUUAAACAUAUUGUUAGUCGACAUAUUGUCGCAUGAAAUUUAUUUUAGUUUCGUUUGUAUGUAAAAUUGUGAUUAAUUGAAUAAGUGAAAGAACUUGAAAAAUGUUAGGCGAUAGUAGAAAAAGAGUAUGAACACGAUUUAUUGGAAAAGAUCAAUAAUCAACUUGAAUAUCCAAUGUUAAACAGAACGAACUGGAUUUGUUCGACGAAAACUUUCUGCCUACUCCAAAAAUAAUGCACAAACACAUGAUUUCAUGUCUAGUAGUUGGUCAUAUUACGUACUUUACAUCCACCCGACGGGGCUGGUAGCGACAGCGAUAAUGUGUCCCAAUUGGUAUAGUAACGCUUUUCGAACUGAAAAGAACAAUUAUCCAGCAACCACGAUCCUGACCUUUAUCACUGUCAUUUGCGAAAACGGGACAGCUGCAUUAUUUAAGUUCUCCCAUAGUUUUGUAACAUGGAAAUGUCCAAGUAUUUUCUUUCCUGUUUUGUUUAUUUGUUAUAUUUGUGAUAAGUUAAAAAUUUCUUCAUGUACACAUAAAAUAGACUUGUAUACUAUUCUAACUGUUCAUCUUUUGCUUGGUACUGCAAUGACCGACGAGCGCUGGAGAGAGUCUAAGUCAAUGGAAAGACCAAAACGUCCCCGAAGCGUUGAGAUGCUGCAAUGCGGAGGGGGUGUUUUCCGCUCAGUAUUCAUGACGCGCUUACUCCAGACUUGACCCGGCCAUUGUAAAAGUUUUCGGAAUAAAAUUGUGUUUUCCUUUGGAGUGUCGAAAUCCGGUAGUCCUCAGUUCAAAUUGUUACUUAGUUCUGUUCCUGGUGUCUGCUUACAUUUGAACAAUUUGAAGCUUCACAAGUAACUACGAUGCAAUCAAUGAGAAUGUGCUAGACUUUAGUGUGAUGUGAUCCGCCUGUUGCGAGGCGAGGAAUAGAUAAAACCGUAGCGUGUAUACGUAGGCGUUUUCGUGACGUAUAUAGAAUGCAAAUAUCAAUUAGGAAAAUUACUAAUAAAGAUAGCACAAUAAUAUUAUGUUUGGUCAUUUUAAUGAUAUGAUUGAUUGGAGCUUUCUAGUCUUCUCUUUGGUUUCUGCGCUGUUCUUUGUAAAGAUCGUUACGAGUUUUCCUUCCCGAAUUCAAUUCGCUUUGCAUCUUUAAUGAAUCCUAAUCUGCAGAAAUGCGCGCGACCAAAAUCGAUGUAGAUGUAGAACUCCAAAGAAUUCUCCGUUCUCAAGUAUUAUUGUUGACAUCUGUAAUGCGUAUCGUUUUAACAGAUUUAAAUUCGACUUGUAUGAUUAAACGUAAUUCACCUGUCUUCAUCGUUUCGUUUUCGCCGUGACUGCAUCUUUCCUUUGUUAAUUUUAUCAUAUUAUAUAUGUAAUUAAAUUUAAUGAAAUAAAACAUAGAAUAUUUUAGGCGAUAAGGAAAAGAACUAUAUAUAUAAUUAAAUAUAACUUAAUUCAAUAUUGUAUGUACAGAACUUUUAGAAAUUACAGAAACUAAGCAGUAACAUUGUUUCACCAAACGAAGAAACUCCCAAGUUUUCGAAUUGGUUUGUUCAUGAUAGAACCGUAUUUUCCGGCUGCUCUCUCAGCAGUUUCCGAUCCACACUUCUCGGCCGUCCUUUCGGGCUGAUUUUUGUUCCGAUUUUUCUUCGAAAGUCAAUAAUCUUGAUUUUACCCAACGCUAUUUCCGUUCGACGUUCAAUCACGCCUUGUUUUUGCUAUUCUCCUGCAUUGAAUUCCAAAUUGCGUUUUGUUCAUAUCACAACAUGUAUAGCUCUUGAACGCUUGGAAUAACAAUGAAAUACUUGUAAUUGUAUAACAACUAUUGUAAUCACUAUUCAAAUUCAACUAAUUAUCGAAUUAUAAUAGCAUUGAAAGCAAAGAAAUCAGAGGCAUUUAAAUUGUUGGUGUAAAUAUAUAUUUUAGCAAAAAUAAAUGUUUAAAUAAUCGAAUGAAUGUUGAAGCCAAAUUGUUUUGCAGUCAGCGCCUAGUUUGCAACGAUCAAUUCAAACCUCCUAUUAAAUCAUUUCAAGCGCAUAAAGUCUAAAACCAGUGCCCCGUUGUUGGCUAAAGCCGAGCUUAAUUCAAAGCAACAUCUUCAGCAUAAGAUCUUUUCGCUUGCAAAUAACACUAUCAAUUCGAGAAAUGUUUUCAAUUUUGAAACGAAAGAGCUAAGUCAAGAAGAAAUCUAAAUCUGACUCACGAAACAUCGCAGACUUUCGAAAGAAGGCGUGACAUAUUUGACAAACAAAAACCAACGUCUAGGGAAAACACAAUACCACUUUCAUAUUAUAUAAAUUAAUCUUAUAUAAUUGUAGUUCAUUAUUAUGAUUAUUGAACAAAAUGAAGAACAGAAAAAUAGUUAAAAAUUGAAAACAAAAGUGAAAUAUAUUUAAAAAGUAAACAUUAUUUAAAACAACAACAACAAAUCGUGUAAGAUUGUCAGGGGUUGAUUAAACAUGAAAUAAAAAAACAAUUUGUACAUUCCAAA